ACCUUCGAGAAAAAGAAACUCAAAAUAGUUAAAAUAAACCCAAAAAUGGCUGCUAACUUGUAUACGGAAAGAUUACACAAAUUAUGGUAAUAUUUACUAUUAUUUUGUCGUUUGAGGUGUUGAACACCGAAAGAAACAGGAACAACAAACUACCAAGUAAACCAACAAAACAUGUCUCAAGUCCUUUGCUAAGGAAGGGACAGAGAAGAUUCGAAAUAAACACGUUAUCCUAAAUUUGUCUCAACAGAAUACUUGCAUGGUCUCUGUUUUCAUCAUAGCAACUUGAGGAAUCUUAAGGUGAAACAGAAUGGGAAACAUCAAAAGGCAAAAAACAAAAACUUUUUUUGAUAGUUUAUUUCAAAGGGAAAGGAGAUAAGACUUUUGGGUUUUCUUCAGGGUCUCUUUGGUUUGGGUUGUGUUUCAUUGUAAGAGCAAAAGAAGAUUGCAAUUGGAACGUAAAGGCAAAGAGAGUAAUGUGGUUGCCAAAGAAUCAGUUAGACAAGAAGGAUGGUGUGAAUGGAUUAAUAGCAGUGGCAAUAGAUAAAGAAAAAGGAAGCCAAAAUGCAUUCAAAUGGGCCGUUGACAAUCUUCUCACCAGAAGUGCUACUGUAAUUCUCAUCCAUGUCAAGCUUCUCUCUCAUUCUUUUUCUCCGUCACCUUCUCUUUUCACCCCAAGAGGGAUAAAUGCUCUAAUGGGUGAUGGCAGUUCACUGGUUUGCAAAGAACCAGAAGGCCAAAACAAAAACGUUUUCCUUCCAUAUCGUGUCUUUUGUACACGGAAAGAUAUACAAUGCAAGGAUGUCCUACUAGAAGAUAUAGAUGUAUCCAAAGCUAUAAUUGAAUAUGCUUCUCAGACAGGAAUUGAGCAUCUGGUUCUUGGCUCUCCAGCAAAAACUGGUUUGCUUAAAAGAUUCAAGGUAUCAGAUAUUCCUGGAACAGUUGUAAAAGGGGCACCAGAUUUCUGUACAGUCUAUGUUAUUUCUAAAAGUAAGAUUCAAUCGAUUCGAUCUGCUUCUCGUCCUGCUCCAGCCAUUUUCCCUAUGACCAACCAGGUCAGUCAUAGUCAAGUUAGUAUCAAGUCAAACACCUCAGACCCAAAUAUGCCAUUGGUUCCAAGCGUAAAAGAGCAAGAAUGGCAUUCCUUUGAGGCACCACCACGUGGAUCACAUGAGGGAACAGAUUCAUUCAGGUCACCAUUCACUAGGAAAGGUUACAGUGGCAGACCAUAUGGGGACCCUUCCAAGCCUGAUACUGACAUAUUCUUUGUAAGCACUGGAAGGGCAAGCACAGACCGCACGUUCCCUUCACCAUAUAUCAAUUCAGAAACAGCAAUGUCCAACCCUCGACUAUCAUAUAGUUCAGAGACAGAUGCAAACUACAGCUUUGAGUCAAUGCAUUAUUAUGGAAGGAAGUCUAUGGACACCGGCACUCCUGAAUUCUCAUCUUUCUCAUUUGAUAGCGAUAACCAUUCAUCUACUACAUCACAAGGCGUGGUAAGGAAGGAUGAUAUGGAGGCUGAAAUGAGGAGAUUGAAGUUGGAGUUGAAGCAAACAAUGGAAAUGUACAACACAGCCUGUAAGGAAGCAUUCACAGCACAGCAGAAGGCAGUGGAACUUCAACGUUGGAAAUUAGAGGAAGAGAGGAAAUUGGAGGAGGCAAGGCUUGCUGAGGAGGCAGCAUUGGCGAUUGCAGAAAAGGAGAAAGCCAAGUCUAAAGCAGCCAUUGAGGCUGCUGAAGCACAAAAAAGGAUUGCAGAACUGGAAGCACAGAAGAGACUUAAUGCAGAAAUGAAAGCACUUAAAGAAUCAGAAGACAAAAAAAAAGCACUUGAUGCUUUAGUAAAUGUAGAUUGCAGGUAUAGAAGGUACGCGAUCGAGGAGAUUGAAGCUGCAACAGAUUUUUUUUCAGAGUCCCUGAAGAUUGGAGAAGGAGGAUAUGGUCCAGUUUUUAAGUGCCUUUUGGAUCAUACACCUGUUGCAGUGAAGGUUCUACGCCCUGAUGCACAACAAGGAAGGUCCCAGUUUCAAAGAGAGGUUGAGGUACUGAGCUGCAUACGGCAUCCAAACAUGGUUCUCCUCCUAGGAGCCUGUCCAGAAUACGGUUGCCUUGUGUAUGAGCACAUGGCUAACGGAAGCUUGGACGAUUGCCUCUUUCGGCGAGGCAACACUCCCCCACUUCCUUGGCAACUACGGUUCAAAAUUGCAGCCGAAAUUGGCACAGGCUUGUUGUUCCUUCACCAGAAAAAGCCAGAACCUCUGGUGCAUAGGGACUUGAAACCAGCCAACAUCUUGCUUGACAGAAACUAUGUGGCCAAGAUCAGUGAUGUUGGUUUGGCAAGGCUAGUUCCAUCAUCUGUGGCUGACAGUGUCACACAAUACCGCAUGACAUCCGCUGCAGGAACCUUCUGCUACAUUGAUCCUGAGUACCAGCAAACGGGUAUGUUAGGAGUGAAAUCAGAUAUAUACUCACUUGGGAUCAUUUUCCUUCAAAUUUUGACAGCAAGAUCACCAAUGGGUUUGGCCCAUCUUGCUGGAAAAUCCAUUGAGAAGGGAACUUUUUCUGAGAUGUUGGAUCCAGCAGUGCCUGAUUGGCCAUUGGAAGAGGCCUUGAGUCUUGCAAAGUUGGCAGUGCAGUGUGCCGAAUUGAGGCGCAAAGAUAGGCCUGAUCUUGGCAAGGUUAUCUUACCAGAACUGAACAGGUUAAGAGACCUUGCUGAAAAUAGUAAUCUACUUUCAGUUUUGGCUAACUCUAUGAAUAUGUCCCAUGAGAGACAAGUUUCUGUGCAGCUGGAUGGAGGGUGUCCUCCAUUUGCUCACUCGGGGGAAAUUAGAGCAAACUCAUCAAUCGGUGUCUGACUUGUCAAAACAAGAUCCCAUUGAACCGAACAAAUUAAAUUUGUUCAAUGGAUUGAUCUGCAGGAUUGGGUGUAAAUUACUUAGGUGGACUGAUGUUAUUACAGCAUGCUUGAUUCU